CCUGCUGCGCAGGGCGGCGGCUCUGUGUUACUUAUCGCUGGAUCGUGGCGCUCGUGUUUCUGUGGAUGUCUAAUUUGUGUUCUCUUCCCGUGUACAGACCCUACUGGACGCUUCCCUAUUUUCCCUUGUCUUUGACGUGAGUUUGGAUAUUCGUAUGUGGACGUCGUGUAUCGUACAAAAGAGAACGUGUGAGGGACUGGCGAUUGAGAAGAGGAGUUUUGGACGUGUUCAUUUUUCCCUGGAUUCCCGGGAGCACUAAUUGCCCUGCACGGUUGUUUAUAGCGCCUGGUGUCACUGUAAAUAAACUCUCUUUAAUUGAAACCUUAGUUCUGCGCUAGAGUCUGCUCGUUCACCUUGACAGGAUCAGAAAUUACAAUUUCUUUCAGUUUCUAUUCUUGGUCAUGGAUGGUUUUGUGCGAAACAAACUGACUAAAUGGAAACUAAGUGACUGGAUUGAGGCAUUUGAAGCUCAAGAAAUUGAUAAGGAAAGUCUGUAUCUUCUCAAUGAUCAGGAAAUUGAUCAAUUGAUCACAAAAGCUGGACCUAGAGUAAAAUUCAAGGAUAAACUAAAGCUGUUAAAGGAAGAGCAAAAUACAACUCAACCACAAAAAGAAGCCGUCAAUACUUCUGGUCAAUCUCCAGUCGCAGCUCAACACAGCCCGUUCCUCCUGCACUAUCAGGAGCAGGAUCAGCAGAAACUCCUCAACAGCAACAUUGUACCCCAUCAGGAUUUGCCAUCCAUAAGUGAAAAAGGAAAAAGAAAGUCAGAACUUGAGUUCGGCGAAUGGCAACCAUCUCCUAAACGACAAGACAACUGUGCAGCAGGAUCACAGUCAGAAACAGAAAUACUGUCUGAUGUCAAAGACAUAAUGAGACGCGUCAGUCAAAGACUGCAUGGCCGUGACAAGCUCAGCGCUUUCCUAAAGGAUAAAAUCAAAGAUUUGGAGACAGAAAAGAGACACCUGGUUGGUGUCUUUGGUAGAACUGGGGCUGGAAAGAGUUCUUUAAUCAAUGCCAUCAUAAAUAAGGAGGGCCUGUUGCCUUCUGGAAGUGUCAGUGCAUGUACCUCAGUAAUGAUAAAGGUGGAGGCUACAAAUGGAUCAAAGUAUGAGGCACACAUCGAGUUCAUUACAAAAGAGGAUUGGGAAAAUGAGGUGCAGUCCCUAAAACUGGCUCUUGAAGAAGAUGAUGAUGAUGAUGAUGGUGGUAAUGGUGAUUGUCUUGACCCUGAUGGAAAGUUAUCAGCGCUGUAUGGAGAAGAGUGGAAAGAAAAAUCAACUCACAGCCUCAUGGACAACAAAUAUUUCAGAGAUAUUUCAAAUGAGUUUCAAAUGUCCAAGAUAAAAAUUUUGGAAAGUGACUCAGCUGAAGGGUUGUCUGAAAAAUUUGUGAGAUAUACAAGAAGUGAGUCAAAUGAGACAGAAGAAGUAAAGAGGUGGUACUGGCCACUUGUGAAGUGUGUGACUGUCAAAGUGCCAGACAAUGAUUUUCUUGAUCAUGUCACACUCGUGGACCUUCCUGGAAACGGUGACUCUAACAGAAGCAGAGAUCAAAUGUGGACAGAGCUUAUUGCCAGUUGUUCUACAGUGUGGAUUGUGACUGAAAUGACUCGAGCAGCAUCAGAAAGCGAAGCCUGGGAAAUCCUGGAAGGUGCCAGCAGCCUGCUGGGAAAUGGUGGCGAGUGUCAGCAAAUUCAUUUUAUCUGCACCAAGUCAGAUCAUGAAAAACCAGAUGAUAUAAACAAAGUUAAGAAAGCAGUGAUGAAUGCAUUCAAAAAGCGGGAAAUGAUUACGAAUCACUUCAGUGAGGAUAGUUUCCAAGUCUUCACAGUGAGCACCAAAGAGUUCCUCAAAGGGGAGAAUGUAAAUCCAGAUGUCAAUGAAAUACUGAAACUCAAGGAAAUUUUGAAAAAUCUAAAUGACGCUCAUUCAGAGACCUCAAACUAUGUGUCUGGAGCUCAUGGGAUUCUGUCUUUGAUUCAAGGAGCCAAAAGCAGAGAAGUGGUUGAACAAAAAAACGAGGUGUGUGCAGUCCUUGAGGGAAACUUGAGCAUCCAACAUAAUCGAGUCAAAAAAGCAAUUGAAGAUAUUACAAAAGCUUUUGAACAACACCUACGUGAGGGAGUUGAAAAAUCCCAAAAUUUAUGUGAAAGAAAACUGAGGUCCUUCUUGCACCCCAGUAAAACAAGUGGCAGAUCUUUUCACAAGACACUAAAGUCUGCAGUUAGGAAUGAUGGCAUCCAGAAACCAAAGAAAGGAAAACCUAAAAACCUCAACAUGAUAUUAGCGUCUUAUUUGACUGAAAGCAUUGAUGAAAAAUUCAGAAAGACCUUCCCAAACGACCUAAAAUGUGGAAAUUUCAAUGGGGCCAUUGAUGCGUUUUCACUCAGCACUGAUUCACUGAUUGAAAAGUACAAAAAUGUCGAACUGCAACUGACAUUUCUCCAGACCGAGGAAAAAAAAAUGAAGACAAAGCUCAACAAAACCAUCCUCACACAAAAGAAAUGGAUCUACAACAGUCUGACAGAGACAAUCAGGAGUAACAUGAAAGGAUGCUACAAAGAAGCAGCAGCAUUUGAAGGACCAGGCACCCUGAAGAGGAUGAGGGACACUAUUGAGAGACAUGUGGAGUCAAAGAAGUACAUGUUUGAAGAGGCAAAAAAUGCCAUGUUGGAGCAGUUGAACGAUUUGAAGGAAACUGUCCUGAGGACACUGAAGAAAACCAUGGAGGAGUCCAUUGAACACUCACUCAAGACUGAGGCCUGCUCACUGCCAGAUGUUUUGGAACAUCUUGAGAUGGUGAAGAAACACUGUGAUGAACUUAAUGGCGAUCAAGAUGAAAAAAAGUAACCACACUGGGUAAAUCUUAAAAUGUCACAAAUUGUUUAAAAGGCUGUGAUCAUGAACUAUUUUUCUGAUUAUUUUGAACAAUGUUUUUAGUGCUGUUAGCAUUAAUCACGUUGAUACGCGGUUUUGAUUUCUUUCUUUUUAAAAAUUUGUUGUAGUUUUUAAUCAUUUAUAGCAGAGCGUGAAGACACGUAAUGCAUUCCUCAUUUGAACCUGAGAUUUAUGGUUUUAAUUGUAAGAGUCUGAGAUUACAGUUUCCAAAAGCAUUUUGAUUUUGUUGCUUGUUUUAAAUAUCAUAAUUUAAUGUUUUAAGUUGAUGUGUAUACUGUUGGUUCAUUGGGAUGGGAACAUUUUUAAUGUAAGUGCUUAUCAGUUAUCAUCCAGCACUGAAAAGGUACCAAUUUUACAUCACAGUUCUAAUGACAAAUACUUGUUUGUUGCAGUUACACAAUAUGUGUACAUGACAAAUAGUGAGAAAUGGCUCUAAGUAAAGCUGUAGGAAAUCAUCAGCUACUUCUGUCAUCUCCCUGCCAUUUAGCUUUUUCUGGGUUUGGAAUUAUUAGUGAAUAUAUUACAGUUUGAGUUUAGGUUCAGGUUGUUUCUUUGUUAUUUUUUGUUACGUUAAAUGUUUAAAAUUUUAAUUACUUCUGUGCAUAUUGUUAAAUUCCUGUUUUGAUUUUUGUCUUCAGUAAUUCUCUCGUGUUUCUUCCACCCACCAUACUUUAUUUCUUCAUGAAACAGUUCAUUCACGUUCAGCAUUUACUGUCAUGUUUCCUGUAACCUUAGUAAUGUCAUUACAAAAAGGUACUAAGGUGCUUCCUUUAUUACACUGGUGAAACACAGAUAUUUACAUCUCAUAAUUUUAAGUGACCAUACAGUUGUUGAAGAAAAAGAUUAACAAAACUGAGAUUGUUGCAUAGAGCAUUUAAAUCUUAAUUAAUCCAGCACACUGUGAUGCAGCUAGUAUAUCAUUUAGCUUUCUUGCUUCCUUAUCUGUACUGAUUCUAAAAGAAUGCAUGUAUUUGAUAUUGUAUACCGUUCAAUAAAUCUUAC